GAGUUGGCAGCGCCUGACAUGAAAAUCUAGAAAAUAAACAAAACAAGUACUAGGUUCAUGUUUACCUGCCGCUUUCUCGCCCGCCUGAGCCGGAAUCAGGCCACCUUGGCCUCGCUCGGAUGCCUGACAAUACCCCAAAGACUGGCCAGUCAUCGAAUCCUGCCCAGCUCCCCGAUGGCCAUCACAAAUGCAUUGAUCCCAUGCACAUCGGUGAAUGCCAACCGGCGAUUUGCCAGCAACGAAAUUGAAACGGAGACGACCUCCUCCAGCCUGGACAGUGCCACCUACGAGCGUGUGUGCUCCGAAACGCUGGACGCACUGUGCGACUACUUCGAGGAGCUAACCGAGAACGCCGCCGAUCUGCAGGGCAGUGAUGUGGCCUACAGCGAUGGAGUGCUCACUGUGAACCUGGGACACAGCCAUGGCACCUAUGUGAUCAACAGGCAGACGCCCAACAAGCAGAUAUGGCUCAGCUCCCCCACCAGUGGACCCAAGCGAUACGAUUUCGUUGGCGGAGAAGGCGGAGCGGGCAAGUGGGUCUACAAGCACAGUGGCCAGUCGCUGCACGAGCUGCUGCAGCAGGAGAUACCGAAUAUAUUGAGGCAACAGCCCGUGGACUUUCUCCACCUGCCCUACUGCAGUUGAGGGCUCUGUUAAAACCUAGAGUAAUGCAUAUUUUCACCACAAAAAAAGAGAGGCGUUUAAGCUUCACAUA